UAGAGAAUGUGGAUCUAACCAAUGAAAUGUAGCGUUACAUGUGUGUUGUGUUGAGUCAGUUGCGCUAUCUACUAAUAAUACUAGCGCUAAAACAACAGCAGCAGUACAACAUAUCUACUGCUUGCUUUAUUACACUACUUAAUACUACUACUACUGCUUGAUAUAGUUGUGUAGAGCGAAGCUUGCAUUUAUUUGUAUUGUUACCUUUCGGAGGGCACCACGCAACGGGAGCAACACUUACUAAAAACAACACGACUACCAACCUAAAACAAAACACAAACACAUUCAAAAUCUUAUUGAAAGAGACAAUUGGGGAAGCAAAAUGAAUAAACGUUGUGGAAGGUGUUCGAAGCCCGUCUAUCCCACAGAGGAGUUAAAAUGCUUAGACAAGGUAUGGCACAAAAGUUGCUUCAAAUGCGAAGUCUGUGGAAUGACCUUAAAUAUGAAGAAUUACAAGGGAUAUGACAAAAAACCAUUUUGUGUGGCGCACUAUCCUACUACGAAAUUUACUUCAGUUGCCGAUACUCCCGAAAACAGGAGGAUAGCUACAAACACUAAAAUUCAAAGCAGUGUACAAUACCACAUGGACUUUGAGAAAAACAAGGACAAGUACACAGUUGUAGCAGACAACCCUGAUAUGCAACGGUGUUUGAUGGCUACAAAGAAUGCAAGUUUGGUCAACUACCACAGUGACUUUGAAAAACAAAAGGGUUCUUACACUGCUGUAGCUGAACCUAUUGAAUUGAAACAACAUUUGGAAAACACAAAGAACAUGAGUUUGGUAAACUACCACAGUGAUUUUGAGAAACAGAAGGGUUCCUAUACUGCUGUUGCAGAACCUAUGGAUGUAAAGCGACACUUGGAAAACACAAAAAACAUCAGCCUGGUAAACUACCACAGUGAUUUUGAGAAACAGAAAGGUUGCUAUACAAUGGUAGCAGAACCUAUGGAUAUAAAACAACAUUUGGAAAACACCAAAAAUAUCAGUCUGAUUCAGUACCACAGUGACUUCGAAAAGCAGAAAGGUAACGUCACACCCGUUGCUGACACUUUGGAAAUGAAGCGUCACACAGAAAAUGCAAGGAACAUUAGUUCGAUUCAGUAUCACAGUGACUUUGAAAAGCAGAAAGGGUCUGCAGCGAAAAUGACAGCAGAUUCUAUCGAGAUGAAGAGACAUCUGGAAAAUGCCAAGAAUGCCAGCAUGAUUAAAUAUCAUGAAGAUUUUGAGAAACAGAAAGGAAAACUCAUCACCAUUGCUGAUGAUCCAGAAUUGCAACGCAUCAAGCAGAAUACUCAGAUUCAGAGUGAGAUCAGCUAUAAGGGUAUCAAACAAACCCGGGAUUUUAUGGAACAACGACGACCAGAUCAAGCUGCUCAGGAUGGUCUUCCUCCUCCUCCUCCUAUGUCUUCUACUACUGCUGCAGCUGGUGGAGGUGGUAGUGGGGUCCCCACAAUUGGCAGCAUUGGGCGACCUGGUAAGAUCAGUGACUACGACCCCUACCAAGAGAAUUCAUCAUUCAGCUCCCCAUACUCUGCUAAGUCCCAGGCCACUACCAUUUAUGAUUCUAGAAUUGGACAAGUGGACAAAUCCAAAAAUACUUCAGCAGCUAAGACAGUUGAAAAAGUAGCCAAAGGCAAAGAAAGUUCUAAGUCAUCUAAGAAAGUUCGAUCUACAGUUGAGAAUGGUUCUUCUCGUCGCAUUGGAUCAAUUGCUGAUUAUGACCCUAUGAAUAACCAAUAUGGCUCCCUUGUAGCAGACCAGGAGCGGAAAGGUAGAGUGUAUGAUCCAGCUCCUGCACACCAUCAGAAUCCGUAUGCUGGAAAAGGGUUAGUGUCCAAGGCCAUCUAUGACUAUAGCGCUGCUGACACUGAUGAGGUUUCAUUUAUGGAAGGUGAUAUCAUUAUCCAUUGCCAGCCGAUUGAUCAGGGUUGGAUGGAAGGCACUGUUGAACGAACGGGUGAACGAGGAAUGUUGCCUUCCAACUAUGUACAAACACAAUCAGCAUGAGAAGCUGAAAGCUAACUCUCCUCUGAAAAUUGCCUAUUAUAGCCUGCGUCUCAGACCUUUGAUUCCCCCACCCCUCCAGCUUUCCCCCCAAAUCAGGCUAGGCCUAUCAAAUUUAAGAUUUCGAUACACAUAUACCUAUAUAGUUGAUAAUGUUUUGUGAAAACUUUCUUGUAGUUCAACAUCUCUACUAAUUAUUAGUUAUUUACUGUUGCACCUAUUUCCUUCGUUAUUUAUUUGAUUUUUUUUUUCAUGUCCUUCUUUUUUUCCUUCUUGAAUGAGUAUUUAAUCCUCUUUAGAUUUUUUUAAAAAAUGCUUUGGAAACAGUCCCGCCUCCCAGCCCCUUCUAAUGAGAAUAACUUCCUCUGUGCCUCCUUUUGUUAUUUUGCUCCGAUUUGUUUUUGCUUGUCUUGUUAAACACUUUGCAUUGAGUGUUUACAUAUUGACUUUGGCACAGCUCCUUCUUGAAGCACUGCAGCCACUCAGUUAUUUUCACUCGAGUGCUGUCUAACAUUAACUUCCUUGGUUUUAUCUAUUUUUAAAAAUUAUUUGAUCAGUUACUUUAGAAUUUUCAAAGACACUGACCUGCUUCAUAUUAUUUUUCCUUUUGUUUGCAGUAAUUUAGACUAUGAAAUAGAAUAUUAAGUUUUGUAUUUAAAAAUGACUUUUCAUUUACUAAUUGAUAAGGAAAUCUAAUAAACUGACCUCAGACUACAAUAACUGUUUUAGGAGUCCAGUAUGCUGCAUAUUUUCUUCAUUCAUGCAUAAAAAACAAACUGUUUGAUGGAUCAAUGCUUAUUGGAACAUAAGCUCGCAUACCAUCAGAUGAUCAGAAACUCCUUAGCACAAUAUAAACCUGAUUAAACUGGUCCUUAAUAUUUGCAACAUAAAUAAAUUCAAUUAUAUAUUUUCAGCUAAUCUUGAUAUUAAAACUUUUUCUCAAUUUAAAAUUCUUAUUUAUUUAUAUUUUUUUUAAUAACAAUUUCGUCUUUAAAAUGCUUCUUCUUUUAAUUUUUUUUAUAUAUAGCUAUAUAUAUAUUCUGGUAUUUCUGUAAGCAUUCUUGAAGGGCAUGGCCAUAUUUUUUUAAUUCUCUCUUUCUCCCUCUACUAUGAUUAAUUUCAUGUGGGGAAAGUUCCCACUGUCAGAUUUCAGCCAGUGCUCAAACAGCUCUCUUUCUUCUGGGUGUCAGGUGAAUGCUAUGUCAUUCUGUCUGAUACCUAGCAUCUGUUCACAGGUGCCCACAGGAAGCCUUAUUGUACCCUGGCUGCUGCAGCUUCCUGCAACUAGGGGAUGUUACUGUUAACAUUGCUUGUAAAUAUUAGCUUUCCUUUUUAUUUUAUUAUUAUUUUUAAUUUCCAUUUUGUUUUAUUUACUCAAACAUACUAUAAAAUAUAAUUUAUACAUUGUCCAUUUUUUUUUUGUCAUAAUUUGAAUGUGUAAUACUUGGCCAUAAUCUGCGCACGGUCUAAAUAUAUUUUAUGAAGAUUCUGGGUAAAAAUGAAAAGACUCUGAAGCAAUACAAAUCUCCUUAACAAUGACUUCCUUUUAAAAUAAUUUCAUCUUAUUUUAUCCUCUUGAAAUUGAUCGACCCAAUGUGUAACUGAGGAAAAGCAAUUAGUAAUAUGUGAAUAACAUGUGACAAUGAUAUAUUUCUGAAAUGCUGGCUCAACUAACUUGGAGAUUUUCUGUUUGGCUGCCCUCUAGAACUUUUGAAAGUCUGAACUAGUUCCACUGGCACAAGUGUUACAUUUAGUAACAUAGUAUAUAGCAUUGGUUUUAUAAUUAUUAUUUUUUGUUUAUCUUUUUUAUUAAUAAAAUUCAUGAAACUAUUUUUUUUUUUUUUUUUGGAAAUAAAAGUUGUUUCAGAAAUGAUUUGUAUGAAGUGUAGAUUUUUUUUUUCGAAUCUUUACUUCUUUAUCUCCCUGCUGACCCUGUUAUAUCUGUAUAACUAUGUCUAGUCUCUAAAACAUGGACAUUCUAUAGACAAUAAAAGAAAAAAGACAGUUCCUGGAGUUCUAGUUCUAUGUAUGUACACACAUUUACACACCUGCAUGUGCACAUGUACAACAUUUGCAUGUAUGUUAUUUCAAGGUUGUGAUUUUCAAUUAGAGAAAACCCUACAAAACAAACGAAAUAAAAAAAAAACAAAUCAUUGCUCGUACUGUCUACUCUAAGAUUUGGUAAUGGUUAUGCCAGUUGGGUGUUAUUUAAAUUAUGGUUGUGACAUGAUUUAUCGGAAUUUUAUUUAUUUUAAACAUUUUAGAUUAAAGGACACGUUUUGUGUUGAUAAUCUCCCUUUAUUUCUUAGUUACUCAAAUGCCUUCCCAACCCUGGAUUUUUAUUAAAGCUAUCCUUGUUUUACUGAAGGAUGUGGAUUAAUGCAACAAGACCUGAUGAAUUACAACACUUUGUACAGCUAAUUUCUUUUACUUUGAAAUUCAAAUUGUAAUUGGGAUGAGAGAAUUUGUAAUAUUUCUUGACUUCUUGCAUGCUUCUAAGGUUUAUUGUGGAAUUCUGUUACCAUAUAAAAAUCUAUUUAGGAGACAAGAAAAUUAUUAAAAAAAAAAUCUAUAAAAUAACUUUUUUCUCUCUCCUUUUUUGAAAAUCUUUUUCGUUCUUUAAAUUGUGGCACAAUUUUGUAUAAUUCUUUUUUUUUUUUCUCUUUCUGAUUUGACUAUUCUAAAAAAAUAGUUAUCAAGAAAACAAAAAGUUGAAAUAAAACUCUGGGUUUAACUAGAAAAAUGUUUUGUGGAGUUGUCAGUUGUAGAUGUCUAUUUGUAAAUUAGUGUAAAUCAGUAUAUUGUUGUAUUUGCUCUUGAAGUUCAUUCUUCUAGUGUCUUUAGACAAACCGAUUCAGUAACUUCUUGGGUAGAGAAAAUAAAUGAAAUUCUUUUAGUGGUUCUUUUAGCCAAUGAACUGCCAUUUUUAUGGUUGAGUGAGAUUUUACUUUAGUUAGGAAAAAACAGUUCCACAGAGAAAGACAUUUAAUAAAUUCAGUAUCAUUAGAUAUAGUAAAUGUCAGUGGUCUGAAAUGUUUUCAAAGGUAAUUGAGAAAUUUCAAAUUUGAUUAGUAGCCAUAGCCUUAAGAUGAAUAAUGCAACAGCAGUUAAAAUUUCAUGGGAAACUGAUAAUGAAAGUAAAAUUAGAAAAAUAUUUUAAAACUUAAUAGUUCAAAUGGGCUGCUUAAUUUAAAGGAUAAUUUUAUGGGUUAACUAAAAUAAAAAUGCAAGGAAAUUAUGGUUUUUUAGCUGCAUGACAGGAUGUUUUUUUUUUCUUCUCAAUAUGCCAGCAAUAUAAUUGAAAAGUUUGUUCUUUUGAAGUCAGGAAUUCAAGUACAGACACAUCUAUAAAUGAUGUAAGAGGUAAAUGCAUAUUUUACUUUAGUGUUCUAGCUAACCAAUGUUUGCUGAAACCUGAGUUGAGCUAACCAUCUAAGUGGAUUUGUAGAGUCUUUGAGUAUUAAGAAAAAAAAGAUGUUUUAAUCUAAUGGAACAUCAUGUUUUGUAGUUGAAGAAUUCAGUGUGUGUGUGUGCGUGCAUAACUACUUUUCUCUUCGAAAUUUACAUAUGGUAGACUUGCUAUCUAUGAAAUUUUUUUAAAAAAUGUUUAAUUCUGAUUAUAAUCUUUUAGAGACUUUAAUCUGAAAACAGAGAUUUGGGAUUUGAAAUCAGAUCACUACAGCCACAUAAAAUAUAUUUUGAUAGUUUGUACUUAAAGAAUGUCAAUUGUUUUUUUUUUUCUUUCACUUGUAGAUUGACUAACGUGAUAUGGUAAUUAAUUAAUAAUAAAUAAAUCUCCAGUAGAAGUAAUACAUCUGUUAGCUUCUGGAACUGUGGAUUUUUUAUUUUUUAAAUCCUUUCUUUACAUAAUUAUUACAAGAAGAAUUUAAUAUUUAUUAUCUUCAGCUACAAGAAUCAGUAACGUAUUGUUUCUUAGAAUUUCUAUCUAGUAAUUAUUUCUACUUUUAAAUUUACAUUCUUGGAAGUAGCAUAUGUAAACAAUUUUUUUAGCCACAGCCUGUCUAAUAUUGGUACUUUUGCUCCAGAAACAUCUGUAGAACAGUCAUUCAACAGUUGACAGAAUUUAAGAAUGUGCCUUUGUAACCACUGGCAGCAGUCAAAUUGUCAGGAGAAUAAAUAGUAACAAUAAAAGGUUCAAAAGACUACAAAAAAUAUUAAUAAAAACA